GAUAGAGAGAUUCUAGACUAAGAAGGACACAAUUAGAAAAACAUUGGUCUAUUGCACUGGCAUUUCCAAAUUAUCCAUUAUUUUAGUCAUAAAGUAACAUCUUUUUUCUUUCCUUUCACCUUUUCUCAAAACCAAAUUUCUCUCUCUCUUUCUCCAGGUUAUUUCUCUCUACCCUCCUCCUACUUUUCUUUAUAUAUAAACAACACACCAUUAUUAUCAUUAUCAUUAUCAUAAAGAUUGGCUUUACUUGAAACUCAUAACAACAAACAUGGGAAGAGCUCCUUGCUGUGACAAAGCCAAUGUCAAAAAAGGUCCAUGGUCACCUGAAGAAGAUGCCAAACUCAAAUCUUACAUAGAGCAGAAUGGUACUGGUGGAAAUUGGAUAGCUCUUCCUCAGAAAAUAGGACUUAAGAGAUGUGGAAAAAGCUGUCGUCUUAGAUGGUUAAAUUAUCUUCGACCCAAUAUCAAACAUGGUGGUUUCUCUGAGGAAGAAGAUGAUAUCAUCUGUAGUCUCUAUGUUAGUAUUGGAAGCAGGUGGUCGAUCAUAGCAGCGCAGUUACCGGGACGAACCGACAACGAUAUAAAGAACUACUGGAACACUAGGCUGAAGAAGAAGCUUCUUGGAAAACAAAGGAAGGAGCAACAAGCUCAAGCUCAACGAGCUCGCCGAGUUAGCAACAUGAAACAAGAGAUGAAAAGAGAAACUGAUAAUCAGAAUUUGAUGGCAGCAGCAGCAGCUUCUGGUGUUAAUACUCCUUAUUGGCCUUUAGAGUAUUCUGUUCAUCCCAUGCCAGUUUCAAAUUCAUCCAUUAUUGACUAUGAUCUCAACAACCAAACUUCCUUCACAAGCAUGCUUCAUCAUCCAACCAUAAUGAACAUGACAACAAACCCUUUAUCCAUGGUGAGUAAUGCAAACAAUAUAUUUCAAGGGUUUGAAAAUUUUCCAAGUGAUUUAAGUGAGCUUGUAUGUGAGAAUCAACAAGUAAUGAAUAGAACAAUGGAUGGUUUUUAUGGAAUGGAAUCCAUAGAUAUGAGCAAUGGUGGUGGCAGCACAAUCACAACAACUUCAACAGAAAGCAAUAGUUGGGGAGACAUGAACUCUUUGGUUUAUUCACCUUUGGUUUCUGACUAUGAAGCUUGUUGUCAACAAGGAUCAAUCAUUCCUCAAGAUGUUGCUGUUUUUGAAGAGUCUAGGUAUUUUGGAACGCAAAUGCAAUAACAAAUUUUUUAUAUGAAGUGCUGUAAAUUUGUAACUGCUAUAGAAGUUAUGUUGGUCAAAUCAAAACCCUAAUGAGUUCACUUUCUUUCUUUCA